AUGGCCAGGGUCCCCUUGAUCGGCAGGCUCUUUUGGCAAGAGUAUCUAGCUCUGCUUGGAUCUCUCAUCCUCGUCGCCCUGGAAGUCUUGGUGCGAUGCAUCACCCUCGGACUUCCACAACCCAUCAUCCGCUUUUGCUAUAAGACCUCCAAGAACCUCUUCAAUAGCUUGUCUUCUGCGAAAUCGAAACAAGCCAGGUCGGAGCAGAAGUUCACCUACAGCACCAUAGCGACCUGUUCCGAUUUCACCGAACUGUGCGCCCUGUUCGGAUACUAUGCCGAGGAACACAUUGUACAGACCGGAGAUGGAUAUCUGCUGGGUGUGCAUCGGUUGCCGUUUCGCAAAGGAGAGGAAGAGACUGGGACCCGGGUCAAUGCUGGGCCGGACUCGAUAAAGAAACCCGUGGUAUACCUGCAUCAUGGCCUCCUCAUGAACAGCGAGGUCUGGGUGUGUCUGACAGAAGAAGAACGAUGUCUUCCAUUCACGUUGGUCAGCCAAGGAUAUGAUGUAUGGCUGGGCAACAAUCGAGGCAACAAAUACAGCAAGAAAUCCACCAGAGCCUCCCCGACCUCUUCGGAGUUCUGGAAUUUCUCCAUUGACGAAUUCGCUUUCCACGAUGUCCCUAACACCAUCGAUUAUAUCCUUAACGCGACCUCGCAGACCUCGCUAUCUUAUAUCGGGUUCAGCCAGGGCACUGCGCAAGCCUUCGCAGCGCUCUCGAUACAUCCUGGCCUCAAUGACAAAGUAAACCUCUUUGUGGCCUUGGCUCCCGCGAUGUCGCCCGCCGGCCUGAGCAACGGCAUUGUGGAUUCUUUGAUCAAGACGAGUCCCGAUGUCCUAUUCCUGGCAUUUGGUCGGAAAUCCAUCUUAUCUUCAGCGACCAUGUGGCAAUCGAUACUGUACCCGCCCAUUUUCGUUCGAUUGAUCGACAUGUCCCUGGCCUUUCUCUUCGCAUGGUAUGGGCGCAAUAUCUCGGUCCAGCAGAAGCUCGCCGCCUAUCCUCACUUGUACAGUUUCACCAGUACCAAGUCGGUGGUGCACUGGUUCCAGAUCAUUCGCAAUCGGUCGUUCCAGAUGUACGACGACGAUUCGGCAAGCAAGUUCAGUGUCGGAGCCCGUCGCCGGUACUACAAAGUGGCCAAGUUCCCGACGCGCAACAUCAGAACGCCAAUCGUUUUGGUGUAUGGGGGGAGUGAUUCGUUGGUCGACAUCCGGGUCAUGUUGAAGGAACUUCCCCGCCACACCAUCGCCACAGAGAUCCCGCAAUAUGAGCACCUGGAUUUCUUGUGGGCCAAGGAUGUCCAUACUCAUGUCUUUCCCCACGUGCUUGACGCGUUGCGAUACUAUGCACUGGGCCGGACAUCGAACGGCAUCCCGAAGAGUCUCGCUCUCUCCAUAGCCGACACCGCCCAUCUGUACAAACGGCAGAACAAAAGCCUGAGCACCUCGACCUCGACCUCGCCCUCGACCUGGUCUGAAGAGGAAGAGACCAGCUAUUCCGAUUAUGACGGCGCAAACGACACGCCCAAGACGCCCAGGUCCAAGUCGUUCGCCCAGCAACUGCGCGAGAGACAGUAUCAAAACCAACACCACCCUCAACAAGCAAGCCGACGGAGAUCGGCGUCGUCUCCGACAACAUCGAGUUUCAUGACCUGGGUCGAGCAAUACUACAAGAAACAAUCCCGACCUUCUCAAGGAGCUCAAGCACCGGGGCCGGCCGUGGAUCCUGCUGGGUCCAAAAAAGGGGGAGAGGAAGAGCAAGAACAAAGUCGUAUAGAUAAAAAUGCACGCUCUCAUGGGAUCUCAUCCAAGAACAAACCGCCGGGACUGGGUUCCCCGGCAUCGCCGUCACCGUCACCCUCGUCCUCACCAUCCGCUCAUCGCCCCGCAACUCCACCACCUUCCUCGACACCGAAUAACAAACAUAAGUCCUCUGACGCGGUCGCGGUCGCAGUCGGAGCAGACGCAACACCAACAGCAGCAACAGCAGCAAAUGGCCGUGCACCGAAUCUCCAGUCCCCUCUACAAUUACAUCACCGUGACCAUCAGAGAGACAGGGCGCGAACCACAGAAGGAAACAAACCUCGUCGACGAUCACGGUCGCGUGAAACCACCAACAACUCGGACGACGAAUCCAGCGACGGCCGGCGCGCUCCAGGCUCCUUCAUAUCGGGAUCGGGGUCGGGCCGGUCCAGUCCCAACCCGAUCCGCCAGCACGCGUUCACGUCCAAGGGUAUCCGUAUUGGGAGUUCGAAGCCCAGUGUUGGGACGGCCAUGAGUUGA